AUGGAUUUAAGCCCUAACUCCUUAAAAAUGGAUAAGAAGUAUAUCAAUAACUAUAACAGUUUAGAAAAAAAUUAUUAUUUUAUGAUAAAAGAGUAUGAAACUAUAUCAAGCUCAAGAAGCAAUAUUGCAAAUUUUAGGAUAAUGAAAAAUUUGUUAAUCAUAAACAGUAUAAUAGAUGAAGUGAAAAAAAAACACCUUAUCGAAAUUUUUGAAAAUUUGGAUAAAAACUUAGUAUUAAUAUUAAAAAAAAAUAACCACAAUUUUAUUUUAAAACUAUUAAAAAUAUGGUAUAUAAAACUUUAUGCAUGUACAGACUAUAAUAUCAAUAAGCAUUUCAAUGAAAUAUUAGAGAUCAUUUUUUAUAAAAGUUUAUCUAAUUCCGUUUCCGAAUCAAAAAUCAUAUAUGAAAACUUAUCAAAAAAUGUAAUUUUGCUAACUUCUUUAGUUUUGCCUAAAUUCAAGUCAGCGAUAAUCCCUCACAUUCCCUCCUUAAUUGAAUACUCAAAAAAGGUAAAACGAUCAAACAAUGGAGAAUUGAAAUAUUUUUAUUUUUCGUGUAUGAAUAAAAUAAUAAAAACACUAUCAAUAAAUUAUUUAGACAGUGAAAAAAUAUAUAAAUUUAUGAAAAGAGAAAUAAGUGAUAAAGAAGAAUUGAGUCAAAGUAAAAUAAUAAAAUGCCUUAGAAAUAUUUUUAUAAUUCAUCCUGAAUAUUCUAUUAUAGAAUGUGAAUAUUUUAUAAGUUAUAUAACUGAUAGUAUAAAUUUUAAUAAAUAUAAAAAUAUAAUAAAUGUUAAAUACAUUAUUAAAUUUGCUAGCGUUAUAUUCAGUAAUUUGGUUAAUAUAAAAUACAAUAAAAGUAAUAAUUUAUUAUUAAUUAAAAAUGGCGCAAAAGAAAAUAUUGAUAGUAUAGAGGCUAUGCCUGAAAUAGUAAACAAUAAAUUUUAUGAUAAAAAUAAAGAUUAUUACUCUAAGGAAAAUAAAAGAAAUAAGCAUGAUGAUGAAAAAAAAAAGGCAUAUUUUUUUACAGAUAUUUUAAAAAUAGCAACAGAUGAAAUUAUCUCAAAAAUAAAUAAAAUAAAAGUAGAAGAAAAAGAUGAACAAAAUUAUGUUCAUCCCGAAAAUAUUAAUGGGUUUUUCUUUCAAAAUAAUAAAGAAUUUAAUAAAAAAAUUGUAAAAAAAAGAAAGACCCCUUUGUCUAUUUAUAAUUUCCAAUCAUUCAUUAAUCAUUUCAAAAAUAUUAUAUUAAAUAUUUUUUCAGAUACUUAUCAUGAUUAUACAUGGGUGAAGAAGUUAUUUUUUUUAAAAGUCCUCAAAAAAUAUAAUUAUUUCGAUGAAGUAAUAUUAUAUAGUUUUCUUAACGUGGACAAUAUUAAUCGAAAAUAUCGAAAAACCAAAUUUAAUAAAUAUGAAUUUUUCAAAACGCAAAAAAACCAAGAAAAAUCAUCAUCUUAUUCCUCUACAAAUGUUAAUCAAGAUAAUUUUAUAAAUCACUUGCUAGAAAUAGAUUAUAAGUUUAUGAUGCAUAGAGAAGAAAUAAAUUGUGAUGAAUUAAAUGUAGCACCUUCUGAAGAUAAGCGUAUUCUAAAAAUAUACAACUCUUUGAUUCAUAAUACUUUAUUGAGAAUAAUUUUUCUUGAAUCCUUUAAAAAUGUAUUAUUUUGUUCUAAAAAAUUUUCUGAAAAAUCAAUAAUAAAAAUUAUAAAAUAUUUUAUCAGCCUUAUAGAUACUGUCUGUUCAAAUUGUGCAAAAAAAAAAAACAUAAAAUCCCCUUUAUAUACAAACAAUAUUUCAAACUGUUUUGAAAUAAAGCAUUUGAUAUUUUAUUCAACAAAAAUAAUAAAACAAUUAAUUAAUCACAGAAAAAAAGACACUUAUACAAUAAUAAAAGAAAAAAAAAAAAGGUUACAACGAAAUGAGAAAUGUAAAAAUAGCUAUAAUCAAAAGCAUGAAAAUAAUUCGAAAAACUUUUGUGAUGAAACUAGCGACGAUAAUAUAUUUAUAAGCCGAAAAAAUGUUGCCACAAAUAAAUACUUUAAUAAGCAAUACAACAAUUUAGAUAAUGGAAAAAAUACCAAAACUGUAGAAAGAAAAGAAAAGGAAUUUGUUUAUAAAAACGAAAACACUUCUAAUAUUUUUCGAGAUCAAAAAAGUAAAGAUAUGCUAGGAAAUGAAAGAAAUGACUCUUUAUGCAAUUCUCCUUGCGUUAAUAAAAAAAAUUUAGAAACACAAAAUAUAAGUAAAGAGGGAGAAGGCUAUUAUAGUACUAAUGUCAAUGAGGAAAAUAGUAAUUGUAAGAAAGGUAUUAAAGCAAAUUACGAAAAUGAUAAUGAUUUAAAAGGAAAAAUAAAUAGUGAUAUAUAUAUGAAAAAUUGUGAUGAGGAAGACAAAGGAAUAAUGAAAAGAGAGGCAAUAGGAAAUAAUAAUGAUUUAGAUGAAGAUAAUGAGGAAAUAGAAAAGCAAUCACUUGAAGAUUUAAAGAUCCGUAUUUUUUUAGAAAGCCAAAUAAAGAAUUAUCUCAUAUUAAAUAACAACGUAGCAAGUGAUGUAAAUGAAAGAAAAAAAAAUAACAUCAUAUUAAAAGUUUUAAUAAUUUUAUAUAAUGAAAUUAUAAUAAAUGAUAAUAUCGAAAAAGAAAAAUAUCGAAAGUAUGAAAAAAUUAUUAAAAAUAUAAUAAAUAACAUGAACGGUAUACAUAUUGAUAUAGAUAUAGUAAGAUAUAUUAUAAAUUUAUUUCUAAAUAUUUUUAUAAAAUUUCCAUAUUAUAUAUAUAAUUUAAUAUCACUAUUAGUUAAUUAUAUAACUAUAAUUAAUGCAAAUUUUAUGACAUCCUUAACAUUAGAUACAUUUGAUGAUGUGGAAAAACAAGUCAGUAUUCUUAUAAUAAGUUCAAUUACAUUAAAAAAAAUUAUUUAUCAAUCUAUAUCAUUUUAUAAAAUAUAUCAUUUGGACAAUUUAAUAGUGUCUAUAUUUGACAUAUGUAAAUUAUUUCUUUCAAAAAUUCAAGUACAUCCAUUAAAAACGAUAAAUGAAUUAAGGAGAAUUAUCUCAUAUUCAUUAAUCCAUUCUAUAGUUUUCAUUAUAAUAAAUCAAGUAAUUUUCACUGAGUAUAAUAAUAAGUAUUUAGAUGAAGGUAUGUUAGAGAGAACAAAUGUUGCUAGAAAAAAAAGUUUAGAAAUAAAUAAUCCUGUUUUUAGAAACUCUUUUUCAAGUUGUAAUAAUAUAAAAUGGUAUUGGGUUAUUUAUCAAAUAUUAUAUGGAAAUUCUAUUUUUCGACUUUUAAUUGAUAUACUAAAUGAAAUGAUGAGUGAGAUUGAUAAAGCUAGAAUAGAGUGCUUUAUUAAAUCUUAUGAAGAGCAGAUUAAAAAAAAAAAAAUGAACUCGUCAAAUUUUUUUCUUGUAGAUAAUUUAUUUAUUUUAGUGUACAUUUUGAAAAUUAUUUAUAUAUUUUUAUCAUCUGAAAUUGUUACAUUUCUUUUUUUUGGUCAUAUAUACAAAAUAGUAAAUACGUUAUUUGAAUUAUUUUAUAAAUUUCAUCAUAUCACUGAAGAAUAUAACAAUAGUGAUAACUUGGAAGAAGAGAGUAUUGAAGAAAAUAAUGUUAAAUCUACAUCUAAAAAUGAAGACGAUGAAGAUACCAAAAAAAUAAAAAAAUAUUUGAGUACAAAUGGCGUAAUUCAAAAAAUGGAAAAAAAAAUUUAUAAUAAAAAUGCAAUUUCUAAAAAAAAAGAAAUAAAAAUGUUUUACUUCUAUGAAUAUGGUUUUACACAAAUGUGUAGGUUGGUAAAUAUUGAAAACAUUCUUCUCAUAUUUGCUAUAUAUUUAAUAAGAAUUAUAUACAAAAUUACAAUUUUUAUAAAGUAUCAAAAAUUUGGAAUAAACUUAACCCAAGAAAAGGAAAUGAAGGAAAAAGACAUCGAUAUUAAUAUGCAAACUGAAAAAAAGUUGAAUAACUAUGGAAUAACCAAAGGAAAUGUGGUAAACUCUUCUAAAUCAAAUGCUAUAAAUAAUUUUAGUGAGAGUAUUGAUAAAUUAAACUAUCCCAAAGCAGGGACUUUGGAAUAUAAUGAAAAGGAAAAGGAAUUAAUGAACGUAAAUGAAGCCAUAGCAAAAGUAAAGGAAAGCAAAAAUGUCUAUUUUUAUUUUUUCUUAAACUAUAUGAUUAAUUUUGUAAAAAAUAAAGAUAAGAACGAUUUUAGCAAUUUGAUAAUAAAUAUAUUUAAAAAAGAACAAAUUAAAUGCAAAAAAAAUCCGAACAAAACAGAAAAUGAAAUUCCAAACGAUUAUAAUAACAAAUCCCCCUUAUUACAUGAGAACUUAGAAAAGUUAGACAUAUUAAAUAUUUUAUCAAACAAUUACGAUAGAUAUUACAAAUUAACAUUAAUCAAUAUAAUUGAAAUACUCGAAUUAUAUUUGAAAAAAUAUAAUUUUUUCAUGAAAAUUAUUAAAAACAUAUCUAGAUGUAUUUUAAAUGUUGAUUUAAAUAGAAACGAAGUAAUGGUUUAUUUAUUAAUACUCGAUAAAUUUUUAAAAAAGCAAAUGCAUAAUAAAAGUAAGGUCAAAUUAUUUAAACAUAUAUUACCUAUAAUUAAAUUAUUAAAUAAAAUGAAUAAUAACAAUGGUUUAUUGAAUGUGUUAAUCAUAAAACUCAUGGGAUAUUUUAUUAGUCGUAAUAAUAGUGAAAUAAAUUCGUAUAUUAUAAAUUUGUCUAUAAAGCUAUAUAACUUUUUUUCGAAACGCAUGACUAAGGAGAACAAUUUAUAUGUUAUCUUUUCCUUUUUAAUUAAUAAUAUAAUUUUAUCCUACUUUAAAAUAAAUAGUAAAAAAAAUGCCACAAAAGGGAAAUCAAUAAAUUAUUAUCAACAACCUUUUAUCCUUGAAAAUGGAAAUACUAAUAUAGAAAAAUAUAUAAACAUAAAUAAUAAUGAUAAAAUUGUGGAUAAUAAUUCAAUUCUUGGUAUUCCUUUUUUAAAUAUUUCUUCUAUUAUAAAAAAAAAUGAAAAAGAAUUUAUUUUUAAGCUCGACAUUUCCAACAUAAAACAUUACGCUACUACUUCUUCAGUGCACAUUUAUUCAAAUGAUUUAACAUUAAACCCUAGGAAAAAUAAAAAAACAAAGAAAGGGGAAAAAAAAAACCUUUUUAUUGAACAAAAUAAAAAUCGCGAACAAAUUGAUAAAAAGAUAAAAACAGAAAAUGAAUGGAAUAAUAAUGGUAGCAUGGUAUUAGACGAACAAGAAAAUAACAAAAAUGCAUUAAUUAAUGAAAAAAAAACUAUUUUCAAACUAUUUGAUAUUUUCCUAAAUAUGCUAAAAAUAAUUCCACAGGAAAAAAAUAUGUUUAUCUACGUUUUAAGAAAUUUUAAUUUGGUAAUAAAAAAAUCCAACGGAAAAAUUAGUGUAGACAGAAUAAAAGGUUGUUUAGAUAUCAUUCUGGCAUAUAUAUUGAAAAAUGAAAAUAUGGAUAUUUACAAUUUUAAAAUUAAGAAAGCCAAAUGGGUAUUGGUGUUUUUCAACAAUUUAAUGAGGGCUCUUAAAAAGAGGAACAAAUGGGAUAACAUAAAAUGGAAAAAGAAAAAAAUCCAUGAUACGACAAAGAAUGAUACAAAUGAAAGUUAUAAAAAUAUUGCAAAACGUGUUAGAAAAAGUAAAAAAUAUUAUAAAGAAAUAGAAAAACAAAUCUUUACAAUUUUUGAAAUAAUGCUCAAUUCUUAUGAAAAAAAAAUAAACAGGCGUUUUUUUAAGACAAUUAAUAGCUUAUUUGAUUUGUACAAAAAAAGUAAGAUGAAAAAGUUUAUGAGCAAAAUAUCUAUUCUUAUACAAAAGAAUAUUUUUAUUUCUAAUAAAACUAAAUUAAUAAAAAAUGCAAGUAUAUCCCUACUAAAACUGGUGAAGAAAAAGAUAUAUAUUCCUAUGCAUGAAAACUUCGAUUAUUAUAUUAUAGCUCUUUACAAUUUUUUUAUUAAUGAUGAUGAGAAUGACAUAAAAAUGAUAAAGAAAUACUUGUUUAAUAUAUUAAAAUUUAGAAUACUUAAAUAUUCGUUUUUUAACGUCAAUGAAUGGAUAAAUUUAUUUGAAAAUGUAUUAAAUGCUAAAAAUAUAAUUCAUUAUGAUAUAAAAAAAUAUGACUUUGAAAAUUCUGAAUAUGAUAAAAGUGAUUAUAACAAAAAUUUGGAUGAUACAAAGCACGAAAAGGAAAAUAAUUUAUUAACAAAUGAACAAGUAUUAAAUGAAAACAAAAAAAAAAACUCUAUUUUUUACACGUCUGUAUUCAGUGAAAAUUUUUACUUUAACAUUCAUAUAGAUUUCUUGGAUGAAAAUUAUACAAAAAGGAAUUUAAAUAAUAAAAAAUCAUUAUAUUUCAACAUAUUUGAAACAAUGAGCAUUCAUUAUACAUUUUCUUAUCAAACUAAAUUAUUUGUUAUGAAAUUAUUAUUAUUUUUUUUGGAAACAAUAACAUAUUCAUCCUAUAUUUAUAUUCAUAAUGAUCCCUAUUAUUCGAAUUAUUUGAAAAAGCGUCUUAAAGAAAUUAUAAUUUAUAAGGAUUAUCAAAAUAAAUUGUCAUCUCAUAUUAAAGAAAUAAAAAUGGUUGCAAAAAAUAAUCAGAAUACAGCAUUUCCUGUUGAUACAAACAAUUUUAAUGAAACAAUAAAUGUCCUUUCUUCUAAUGGUAGUGUUGGGCUUUUUCGAAACUCUAGAAAAAUUAGUAGUGAAAAAAAUAACCUCCGAAAUAAAAGCCAAGAUAGUGAUAGUGAUGAUCUUGAUAAUAACACAACUAAAAAUCAUUUUAUCUAUAGUGAUGAAAAAAAAAACAUAAAAAAUUAUAGUAAUAUAUAUGAGAAUAAAAAUUUGCAUGCAAAGAAUAAGGAUGAAAUGAUAAAAAGACUUGAAAAUAUUGAACACAUUAUUGAGAUAAGAGAAUGUUUGAGCAAUUCCAAAAUUAUAGAUAAAGGAAAUUUUAAAAAUAAUAUGAAUAUUGAAAAAAUUAUUGAUAAAUUUUCAUUAUAUGAUAAUUUUGAGGUAUUAUUAAAAGUUAUAUUACAUAAUAUAAACUAUGGAAUAAAGUUUUAUAAAUUGUCUAAACUUGCUAUGAAAGUAUUAAUUGUUUAUUUAAACAUUUUCAAAUUUUCUAAAAUCAUUAUUGAUGAAUUAUCUACUAAUAAUGAGAUUCUUUUAUUGCAAAAUUAUGAAAUAAAUAUUUUGGCUUCUUUAAAAACAUAUUUCGAAUCAUUUAAAUAUAUAUAUAUUAAUGAUAAUAACAAUUAUGAAGAUGUAAAUAGUACCAAAAAAAAUGGUGAAGCUCAGCAAUUUUCUCAUUUCUUUUUAUAUCCAUUAUUUGAUAUAUAUAAUUUAUUUUUAUUUCUCAAUGAUAUAAAAUUGUGUAAUUCUAACACUAAACUUAUAAAAUAUUUUUUCCACUUUGCAAUAAAAGAUAGUACAAAUAAAAUCAGUACUUCAUUUGGAAAUAGUUGGAGCUGUGAAAGUGGAAAUACCAACAGCAGUGGUUGCCAAAGUAGUAUUGAUAAUUAUUCUGAAGGAUUUACCGAAAUAAUAAAAAGUGCUAAUAAAUUAAUAAACAAAAAAAAUAUAAUAAAUACAUCGCUAUUUUUUUCCGAAUUUGAUGCAUGUGUGUAUUUUCUAUUUAUUUAUAAAUCAUUUUGUUAUUAUAUUAUAAAUAAUGAAGAGGCUCAAAAUAAUUUAGCCAAUUUUAACAUGAAUUUUGUUAUAAAAAAUCUUAGCUAUAUUUUAUACGAUACUAUGAUUUUAUAUUUAUGGUCAUCAGAAGGCAAUAAUAGUAAUGGGCAAAAUGAAAGGAAUUUUAAUUUUAUUCAUAAUUUUUUUACAUGUGUAAAUGAAAAGGCUCGAUCUUUAUCUCUUUUUUACUUUUCUGCAUUUCCAAUUAUUAUUAAAUUUUUAAAUGUAGUAAGGAAGAAAAUAAUAUUGGACAAAAAGUAUUAUUUUUUUUUCAGAACAUUUAUUUUGUUCAUACUUUAUAUUUUGAAGGAAUGUAUAAAAAAUAUAAAUGAGAAAACACGAGAAAUAUAUUUUUCCUUUAUUUUUAAUUACUUAAUUAUUAUUGGAUGGUUCAAAGGUGAAUAUAUUAAUGAAGUAAAUGAAAUUUCAUCGAGAAAUUGUUUAUCAACGAAAAGUAACCAAAACAAUGAUCCGAAUUAUGACAGUAAGAAUAAUAAUAUAAAUGAAGAAAAAUUAAAUAAAUGUAUUUAUAAAAGUGAACAGAAUGAUAAAUGCAAUAACGAUGAAUCUAACAAUGAAAAUUUCAAAAAUAAUUGUCACAGAAAUAUUAAUAGCCUUGAAGAAAUGAAAAAAAACACAUUUUUAAGGACUGCAUUGUAUUAUAUAUUAAAAUAUACCGUUUCUUAUAUAAAUGAGAAUAAUUUACAUAUAGUAUUAGAAUUUAUAUCAGAAGUUCAUAAUAAUAUUAUAGAAAAUAAAAUUGAAAAAAGAGAUAAAGUGGUAAUAUAUAAAGUAUACACCCUAAGUAUAUAUGUUGUAAGCAAAUUUUUAAAUAAUAAAAAUAUUAAUAAUGUAGAAAAUGCAAAAUUAUUAUGGAAUACAUUUUUAAAUUGUUAUAUUAUUUUAAACGAAAUAAAUGAUAGUAAUUUUAAAGACAAAAUUAUAUUAUUGUUACAAAAACUAUUUUUAGAAAAAAUUAAUUUAUUAUUAGACGAAAAAUUAUUAAGUAAGUUAUUAAAAUUAUUUUUUCAUUAUUCUUCAAUUAAUAAUAUAAAUAAUUACUUAACAAAAAUAAAACAAAAUUAUAAUGAGCGUAUUAUAGACUUUUUGAAAAAAGAAGAUUUAAAAAAAUUAAAAUUGGAAUAUAUAAAAAUAAUUGUCUUUAUACACUUUGUUAGCUCUACUGAUAUAAUGGAGGAUACAUAUAAGUCCUAUUAUGACAAGCAAAUUUUGGAUUUGUUUAUAUUAAUUUUGAAAAUAAUGAAAAGUAUGUAUUUUUAUGGAACAACAUACAAUGAAACCAACAGUACUGAAAAUAUCCCUUGUAAUAAAAUAAAUGAUAAAGAUAUAGACAUCAAGCUUUCACAUAUAAAUAAUAAUAGAAAACAUAUUAUUAUAUCCUCAAUAAAUAUUAUACAAAAUAUUUUGUCUUUAAUAAAAAAUAAUAAAGAAUCAUUUAUUUUUUAUUUUAUAUGUAAUGUGAUAAAAAAUGGAAUGAUACCUAUAUUUAUAACAAAUUAUUCAAUAAACAAUAUUUCACCAUAUAGUUUAAUAUCAAGCAAUUCCUAUAUAGAAGAUGUUAUUUGUUAUUCAAUAAAAGUAUUAAAAACAUGUUUUGAUGUAUUUUUUAGUAAUUUAAAUAUAACAAAUAAAAUGUUAAUUCCAUUUAUAACCUUUAUUUAUAAAGUUAUAGAUUUAUGCAAAAGGGAAAAUAUAGUAAUAACAAAAAGUUAUUUAAUAUAUGAAACGAAUCAGGAAAAAUAUUGGGAUCUUUUAGAAUAUCAAAACGAAGAGCUAAAUAAUUUUACAAAGUAUGAAAUAUAUAUUGUUGAUAAUAAUAUGACCUUAUAUUUUAAAGAAUCAAUUAACAUUUUUAGAAAUAUAGCAUUUAAAAAUCCAGAAUUCUUUAAAGACAUUCUUUCCCUUAUAAAUGCAAAAGAAAAAUUACUCAUAUAUAAUUUGAUAAAGGAAUCUAUUGAUUUAGAAAAACAAAAUGAACAAAAGGACAAAAGCGUUGGUGAGAAAUUAGAUUUUAGUUUUGUAAAUUAA